AUGUUGUGGCUAGGAAACCUGCGCUCUGUCUUCGGCCAGACUCUCAACCAUGUUGAGGAAGGUCUGGCAACUAUGACAGACCAGUUUUCCAAUAUGAGAAAGGACUGUGUGGCAGAGAACCUGGAGAACGAAUUGGUGGAAACAUCUCCUGCUCUGACACUUGAGCCUGCGACCUUCUGGUUAGAUAAUAAGAGCCCUGAGGCACUCCAUAAGGGUCCAGAAGAGUUGUAUGAGCCACCAGGGCUUCACAUAGAUCUGCCACUACCGCAAGAAGGCAGCCAGCUGGAAACAAAACGGAUUCUUCUACUGGAUAAGACUUGGAUGCUGCAGCCAGCAGGCCAGCCUAUGUGCACAGGAGCCAAUGGAGCACCUAUGACCACAGUGCCUGCAGCCUCACUAGGCUGUGACAACACUCAACAAGGCUCAGAUGUCCACAACAUAGCCACUGACUUCACUGACAUAUGUGCAAAUUCAUCUCAACAAGAACUAGCCAGGCUGACCUCUGAAGUCUCCAGACUACAAUGUGAAGUGGGUCACUGGAGGCAUAUUGCACAGGGGCAUACUAUACACGGAGGCAAGAUACCACAGCAAGAUCAAGUAUGCAAGUUAAAAAAUAAAAUUAAGAAACUAAAGCAGAGACAGAACAAGGAGAUUGAUAAUUAUCACUGUGAACUAUCUGUUUUGAAAAAUAAGUAUCAGCAUAACCUGGAAGAAGUCACGUUUCAACACCAAAAAGAAAUGAAAGACUAUGAAGGACGGAUUGCCCAACUGGAGAGUCUUUUACAAGAGCGUGAUUCCCAAAUUAUUGUGUCUUAUCACACAGAAAUUCACAAGAAUGAAGAAACUAUACACACAUUGCAAGCUGAAAAAGAAAAGUCUUCAAAAAUAAUCCAAGAAAUGGAAAAAACCAUUAAAGUCCUAGGUGAAAAAUUAUCUUCAGAUCAAGUUAAUGCCAACCUUGCUCAAGAGAAUUUAGCAUUAAAGAAACAUGUCCAGACUUUAGAGAAAGAGAAAUCAUCACUUAAUCAACAAAAAGAUCAACUUGAGACAACUUUCCUAAAAGUAAGUUAUGAAAAUGAAGUAUUGAGAAGCUCAGUUGUAAAAGAAAAGGAUCUGAAUGCAGAAGUCAGUGACUUAAGACUUCACUUGGAGGCAAAGGAAAAAGAGUUAAAGGAAAUCAUCAGUGAAAAGGAAAUCUUAAGAAGCAAAUUACAAGAAUUGGAUAAGCAAAAUGAAGAAACAGCAAAGCAUUUGUUUUUGACUGUAGAACAGGUGAGAAAACAGCAGAAUGACAUCAAUAAACUGAACAGAGAGCUCAAGGAUGCUGAAAAGAGAGCUCAGGAUCUAGAAAAGGAGAAAAUGAACAUUAUUCAAGAGAAGGAAGCUAUAAUCAAAAACACGCAGCAAAACCUUUCAGAAAUGAGACAGGUCAGUGAGGCUUUAAAGAAAACUGCUUCUGAUUUUAAAGCAGAUAAAGAAAAUGCCAUUUUAGCCUGUGAAGUCCUACUCCAUCAGUUGGAAGAAGCAAUUGCUCUUCACAAGCAGAAUUCCCAGGAGAAAAAGAAUCACGUGAAGGCUCUGGAAAGGAAAACAGCACAGCUGGAAACAGAAUUGUGUGAGAUCAGAAAGAAAAGUGCUGAAGAAGCCAAAGCCUAUGAGGAAACUAUUGAACAACUGUCAAAUGUCUGUAAUGCAAAAACCUCUAAGUUACAGCAAAAACAUGAUUGUUUAGUGAAAAUAAAUCAGGAGAAAGACCUUGAAAUAGAACUCAAAAAUAAAAUUGCCAAGAUGCAUAUGGAUGAUAGAGAAACUAAAACUAUUUUAUCAUCUAGCUUAGAAGAGAAGAAGCACCUGACACAACUUCUAACUGAGAAAGAAGCAGCCCUCAUUAAGCUGCAAGACCUAAAUAUGCAAUUGUCUACUAGGGUUGAGAGAAGUAGCCAUGACCUCCCUAAUACAACUGUGCAAAAUUUAUCACAGAAUAUGCAAGGGAGAAACAUAGGAAUUGAUGCCAUGAAACAAAACUCUCAGGCCUUACCUACAGUGUUACAAGCAGCAACCAUUGGAAAUACACUUGAAGGGAUUACCCAGGAGCAGUUUGAAAACAUUCUGCAGCAACUUGGCAAAGUACAACAGCAGGUAAAGAAAAUGGAAGAGUGGAAACGGCAAAUCUUGAUCAGGGUACAUGGUAUUCAAUUUAAGUCAGUUCAAGUUCAGGAAGGGUUAAGAAAAUCAGUACAGGACAAAGAUGUCACCAUUAAAGCUCUUCAUCAAAGCAACCAACAGUUAUCUGACGCCAUCUCUAAGAGCUCAUGUACCACAAGAAAGGAACGUCAACAAACUGAAGAAGAAAGGAGGCAAAGAAAAGAGACAGAACAUAGUUUGCAAAACUCAGUUCACCAAAAGGAAGUCAUGUUAAAGAUCAAAAGUGAUCAAUUACUUGCUUUAAAUGGAAAUCUCGCACAAAGAAUGAAUGAAAACAAAGUUUUAAGAGAGGCAGAAGCAAACCUAAAGGGAAGAAUAGCCGAUUUAGAAAUUUCUAUUUAUGAAAUAAGAGGAGAAAACAAAAACCUACUAGAGCAGUGUAAGAAGGACAAAGUGAAGUGUCAAGAAUUACAAAGGGAUAAUAUUACUUUUUCUACUAGGAUUCAAGAAAAAGAGUUUGAGUGUCAUUCACUAAACAAAAAAGCAUUUGCUCUUGAGCAGCAACUGAAAGUAAAAGAACAGGAGACGACUAUGGUGGUCAAUCACCUUUCAACAACAGAGAAGACACUGCAUGUGAUUCAAGAAGAGAAGGAACAACUUCUAGAGUCCUUAAACCAAAAGCAGACUGACAAUUGUGCCCUCCAGGAGGAAAUUCAACACUUACAUAACCAAGAAUUACAACUCAAACAAAAGAUAGAAAUGCUCUGUAGUACACAAAAGGAACUGAUGGACAUAGUUAACAACACAGAAGACAAAGUUGACAAAACACUCAUCAGAAAUCUCUUCAUUGGUCAUUUUAAAACUCCCCAAAACCAGCGUGUCCAUGUACUAAGAAUGAUGGGGAACAUCUUAGACAUCAAGGAGGGGGAGUUAGAGGAGCUACUCUCUGAAGAACAGGAUGGUAUUAUUAAGUGGAUGACUGGAUGGAUUGUGACAGUCUAAAACUGUGACACCCCAGAGACCAUGCCAUCAACCUAUGCCUAAAAAUUGAACUUUUUCUGAAAUUCCUAGAAGUAGACUCUUACUCACAAACUCUUACUCACAAA